GCAAGUUAUUGUUGAAGAUAUUGAGGGAAACAAUGACGAUCCACCUUCCCGAUCGAAGUCAAAGGGAAAACAAGUUGUAGAGGGGGAUCAACACAACACGAAACUCAUCUUCCCGCUUGCAAGGAUUGAUACACUCAAAACAAAUGCAGCAAAAUCAUCCGAAGAGAAAUGUGGUGAUAAAGUGGGCCAAAUACUCCCCGCCAAACGUACCGAGGGUUUCGACCCAAACGCUUAUAAGCUUUUAGCCAAGGUGGCUAUAACCCCAACGAGCCACAGAAGUUGGGAAAGCUUAUCCCAGAAGCCGGUGGUAAAGGCAAGGGCUGCAAGUAAUUGUAUCUCCGCGGAGGGAAGCGAGUAUGACCCAAACCUCACUCCUACCAAUGAUAAUGGGCAAGACAAAAAGAAGUCAGUCUUCGACCGAAUCGGUAAGGCGGACUCUCGACGCUCAGUCUUUGAUAGACUGGGGUCAAGUCCUAAAGCCCUAAAGAGAAAGUCAAUGCAUGAUCGACUUGGAGCUGUCCAAGUUAUUAAAGACAGUGCCAAUGUUCCUGCUGAAGUGGAACCUCCAAAAAGGCUCAGAAGCAUGAUUCCUUCUCGUAUGAGACGAGAAACAUAUAUUCAUGUUACAUGCAGUGAAGUAUUGAAAGUCCAACCGAAGACCAUUGUACACACUCGAGUACAUAAAGAGGAAAAUGAGGAAAGCGUAGGCUCAAGUGAUGACGUACCACCAACCACUCAGGGAGAGGUGGCAUCGUCGUUCCAUAUCACUUUAUGUGAUGAGACCCCGAUUGAGGGGGAAGAUGCAGAAGAUGCACCCCAUGAGUUAGAAAGAAGGGGUGCUACAUACCAAAGGGCUAUGCAGACAAUAUUCGAUGAUAUGCUCCAUAAAAUGGUCGAAUGCUACGUAGACGACUUGGUUGUGAAGUCGAAAUUUCGCACAAAUCACUUGGUGCAUUUAAGGCAAGUCUUCGACCGCCUACGAAAGUUUCAACUGAAAAUGAACCCCCUGAAAUGUGCUUUCGGGGUUGCUGCUGGAAAGUUCCUCGGGUUUACUGUUCGACACAGGGGCAUCGAGAUUGAACAAGGCAUCUCAUUCAUAUGGGAUGAGGCAUGCAAGAACGCAUUUGAGAAUAUCAAGUCAUACUUGAUGAAGCCGCCUGUGCUAACUGCUCCUGUUCAUGGCCGCCCGCUGAUCCUUUAUAUUUCCACCCAAGACAGUUCUGUGGGAGCCUUGCUUGCUCAGGAAAAUGACAAGGGGAAGGAGAAUGCUCUCUAUUAUCUCAGCAGAAUGAUGACCCCGAACGAGUUAAGGUACUCCCCAAUUGAAAAGCUAUGUUUGGCACUUGUGUUCUCUAUCAAAAAACUCAAGCACUACUUUGAGGCUCAUACAAUCCGGCUUGUUUCCAAAGCGAACCCGGUGAAAUAUGUUAUGGCGAAGUCUGUCAAGGGGCAAGCCUUGGCCGAUUUCCUGGCAGACCACCCAAUACCUGCUGAACGGGAGUUGUCUGACGAUUUGCCUGAUGAAGAUGUGCUUGUCAUUGAAGUCCUACCCCCAUGGAAAAUGUACUUUGACGGAGCUUCGCAUAGAGAAGGGGCAGGUGCUGGAGUUGUCUUCGUCACUCCAGAAGGCGAGGUGUUGCCAUAUUCAUUCACCUUGACCGAGCAAUGUUCAAACAACAUUGCUGAGUAUCAAGCAUUGAUACUUGGGCUCGAGAUAGCGGCUGACAUGAAGCAACUGAGAAUUAACAUUUAUGGAGAUUCAAAGUUGAUCAUAAACCAAGUGUUAGGUCUAUAUGAAGUGAAAAAGGCGGAGUUAGUCCCAUAUAACAACUAUGCAAAGAUACUCAUGCAAUGGUUAGGGGAUCCCGAAUACAAGUAUGUCAAAGGUGGGUGGUUCCACCAAUCUUUAAUGAAGACGGCUCAGUUGAUGAAACUGUUGAACUCCCUACUGCCUCAAUUUUAUGAUAUAGGCAAUGACGACUGGAGGCAACCGUUAAUUGACUACCUCACUGAUCAAAAGUUACCUGAAGAUCCCCGUAAAAGGGUGGAUAUAAAGCGCCGAACUCCUCGCUUCAUCUACUAUAAAGAAACAUUGUAUCGUCGUUCCUUUGAUGGAAUAUUUCUCCGAUGUCUAGGGGAAGAGGAAGCUUUACAAGCUAUGCAAGAAGCUCAUUCUGGGGUUUGCGGUGCACAUCAAUCCGGUCCCAAGUUGCAUUUCCACAUUAAGAGAAUGGGAUAUUAUUGGCCUACAAUGGUAAAGGAUUGCAUAGACUAUGCUCGAAGGUGCCAAGCUUGUCAAUAUCAUGCAAACUUUAUUCAUCAGCCACCAGAACCUCUACACCCAACAGUUGCAUCUUGGCCAUUUGAUGCUUGGGGACUUGAUGUGGUUGGCCCAAUUACGCCUAAGUCAUCUGCAUGGCAUGCCUACAUAUUAGCUGCCACCGAUUACUUCUCAAAGUGGGCGGAACCCGUGGCAUUGAAGGAGAAAAUGGUCUCAAAAUCGAAAAGAGACUGGCAUGACAGAAUGGAAGAAGCUUUGUGGGCGUAUAGAACCACAUACCGCACACCUACUCAAAGCACUCCAUACUCUUUGGUGUAUGGUGUAGAAGCGGUCUUGCCUCUAGAGCGCCAAAUACCUUCCUUGAGGUUGGCCAUACAGGAGGGUCUUACCGAUGAAGAAAAUGCUAAACUACGCUUGGCCGAGCUAGAAGCCUUGGAUGAGAAACGGCUGCAAGCGCAACAAAGCCUGGAGUGCUAUCAAGCUCGCAUGUCUAAAGCUUUUAACAAAAGGGUUAGGACCCGUUCCUUUCAAAUUGGGGACAAAGUCCUAGCUGUUCGCAGGCCCAUCAUUGUCACGAGAAAAACUGGCCACAAGUUCACUUCAAGGUGGGAUGGUCCCUACGUGAUUUUGGAAGUUUACACAGGCGGGGCUUAUAAGCUAAUUAGUGAAGAUGGUUUGAAGAUCGGUCCGAUUAAUGGAAGGUUCCUAAAGCUUUACCACCCUUAA